AUGGGGGAUGAAACUGGCCCUCCUGGGGCCACCAAAGGAAAUUUGGGGUGCGGUCGCCGUGCAAACACAGAGACUGAAAUGGAAUUUGGCAAAGCCAGAGAAGAACCCCAAGAUGCCCUCCCAUCUGCAUUGACCUCCCCGCCGGAAUCCUCAGGGGGUCAGCAGACCGUCAACGAGGGUUCAGGAGAUUUGAAGACUUCUUCGGCCAAGGCGGGGACCCCAAUCUGCUGCCUCACCGACAUGGACUGUCCCGUCUGUUUCAGCAGAUACGAUCUCACUCGUCUCCCCAAAGAACUGUCGUGCGGACACAGCUUCUGCGCGGUGUGUCUCAAACUCCUGGUUCGCAAUGAAGCGGGCACCUGGCUGAUCGCAUGCCCCAUCUGCCGGGCGCCCACUGCGGUCUUCGGAGGACUUGUAUGUACUUUGCAGAACCAGGAGCUACUGAUGAGCCAGGUGCAGAACCCCGAGGGGAAAGUCGCGGCUCCCGAAGCCUCCAGAACGCCAGAGAUGGCCGUUAGGCUGGACCGCACCGGCGCCACCUGGAUCUCGGACGCUGAAAGCAGCGGGGGGCAGUGGACCGCCGCAAAGAGGAUGGUGGUCCUGCUUUUGAUGCUGCUGAUCGUGCUGAUCCUCGUCCUGCAGUUCAUCUGCACGGGGAUAAUGAAGUGGAUGCUGGGAUUUGCUCUGGGGGUGGUCGUUAUAAUAACUGUCCUGCUGUGUUUCAACCCCUACUGGAAAAUGAGAUUUCUGGGCGCAGCAAGUCAACGGAAAGAGGAACGGGCCACCUCAACAGCGUGA